UGUUCGUGUUGCUGUAUAACGCAAUUUUUGCGGCAUAUUUUAAUUCUUGUGAAAUAUUUGUACGGUUUUAGUUGCUUCUUCGAUUCUCUAUAGGAAGACAAUAAGUAAUAACGUUUAGUGUAAUCGUCACUUAUAAAUUAAUGAAGGAAAAGGCGGUAAAUUUCUUUUUAAUAGUUGAGGUUAUGUUAUCUCGAAGUUAGUUUUUAUCAUUAAUAUGCGUAUGUAUUCUUAAUGUAUUACAUACGGCAAUCGUGAUUUAGUAAUUUGUGCUCGAUUGACUAAAACAGUACGGUUUCACGAUCCAUCAUAAAUGUAACAGGUUCGUUAAAAAAGUGUUCGAUCGAAAUGGAAUUAAAAAAGCAUCGCAAAUUGAAAUGUGCAAGUCAGGUAGAAAUUCUUCGAUCGCAUCAAAGAGACGAUGACUUUGUCAAACAAUUGCGAGAAAAAGUUAUAGAUGUUCUGCAGAUUAUUGGGAGGCAAUCGGGUACCUUGCCCUUUAUUCAUUCCGAUAUACCGUUCAAGCUAAUUUACUUCUUUUUUACAUCGGGAAUGGGAAAUCAAACGCUAGGCGAAGAAUACACGGGAAUAGUGCAAGCCAAUUUAGAGGCUCGCAAAGUUCCAUCAUUACUUGUAAGGAUAAUAGCAGUGAUUUUAGAAUGUUUUGGAGAAAAGGCAUUAUUAAGAAUAUUAAAAAAAUUACAGUUAAGGAUUAAUCAUCCUCAGAGCGAAUUGACUCCUGUGGCUGUCACCUUUCUAAAUUCAUGUAUAUCAAAAAUGUGCAACAUGUUACCUAUCUUUAUAGUUAUUCAUAAGGGGUUAUUUUAUAUGUAUGGCAGGUAUUACAGCUUAGGUAAAAGAUUAACAGGAAUUGAUUAUGCAAAGGUAUCCGGUCAUCGGCCUACUGAUAGUAUCAGUUGGGGAUUAAGGUUAUUGGGAGUUGCUACACUUGCAAACUGUGUAUUAAAAAUCUGGCAAAACAGGUAUAACGAUAGCCAUGACAAUAAAUAUGUGCCAUUGGAUGAGAAACACACUAAAUUAACAUGUCAAUUGUGUCUUGAAAGAGUGCCAACAACUGCUACACCAUGUGGCCACUUGUUUUGUUGGUUUUGUCUUACCGAUUGGUUGAACACUAAACCACAAUGUCCUUUAUGCAGAGAGCAUGUUGUACCUUCCAGGAUUGUACAUGUGAUGAAUUUGUAAUUUUAUAAUAAACAAAGGACAUUAAUCCUUUCUCUUUCAUUUAAAUAAUUAGAGAGUUAAAGGGUAAAUGA